AUGUCUUCUCCGUACUCUGUUCUACCGCCUCCAAAACCUGAGCUUAAACAAAAACCCCAAAUUGCUUCAAAACCCAUAAACUGCAUCUCAGAUUCACUUACUUUGGACAAGAACACAGAUAAAAACUCUGGGAAAGUACUACAGAUUGUUAGCAAGUUCAACAAGCCUGAAGCACCAGCUCCUUUAAGUCCUACUGACGCUACUGGACAUGGUAAAAAAGCUAAAACAGCGCCAACAGUCAAGCCCAAACUUAAAGUGAGUAGCCCACCACAGAGCAGGGCUGACCAGGCCCCACCACUGCCUGUCAAACAAAGACAAUCCCAGAGGACAGCGGCAGCAAAAGCGCAGGAAGACGGUUCAACACAUGAUCUCGUAGAUGGCAGACGAUCAGCUCCUGAUGGUAAAGAGGUUGAGCAGAAGAGUGUGAGGUUGAGCUCAUUUCUAGAACCUCAGUGUGAAAAGAACUGCAAUUGUGUGUGCCAUCUGCAGAGGCCUGGCAUGAAACUUGUAUGGGUACAGAUAUCAGAGACAGAACAAGAUGGUAAAAGAGACACAUAUACAGAAGAGGAGGAAAACAGUGAGGCAGAGGAAGUCACAGACUCAUAUCAAAGUGAGGGCUCAGAGUCAGAAGACACAGUGAAUGUAGCUUCACUGUCAAAUAAAGAAAGGUUUAAGGCAACACUGAACAUCAUAGAAGGACAACUGAGGAGAAAAUCAGACCCUGGUCCUGAAUCUGUCAUUAACUGCCUCAAAUCUUUACCUCAGUUUUCACCACACCUUACCAAGACCCACUCUGUAUCAGAGGAGGAAUCUAUUUAUGAAGCUACCAUUGAUUUGAUUGUUCCAUCUAGUAAUUUUUCUACCACCCGAAGUAUCCAAUCCAAAUAUCCUCCUGCCAUUCCUCCACGCAUGCCUCUAGAGAAGAACAAGGAACGCACGACCCCCCGAAGAGGCCCUCUACCUUCCUCUUUUUUACAGCCUGUGUCCCUAAAACUGCCCUCUGCUGAUGAAAGUCCACUGCCUGUUCGACCUCCACCUCUGCCACCACCAACCAGGGCCAACGCAAAACGUCUCAGCAAUGUCUCUCAGGCAUCUAAAGAAGAUGAAGGAAGCAGUGGAAAUGUUGAAACAAAGGAUCAAAGAAAAUCUGCUGGUCUGACAAGACAGAAGUCACUUGAUCUGGAGGCUAAUAUGCCAGAAGGGCUUUUGUACCAGAUUUACACUGAAACCUACAUAUCGAAGGAGAUCCGUCGCCAGACUGUAUGCCGUAACAUUAGUAAGACCAGCGCAGACUACCCCAUGGACCACCCUCGUGUCACUGCUGGCACAAGCUCAGGACCAGGAGGCCCCACUAGCAGUCCUAUUUUCACUAUGAAACAGGCCACGCUGUGGCAGGACCUGCCUGCUGUCCGUGAGAGUGGCAUCCUAAACACCCUCACAGCAGACGAGCGCAAAUAUCAGGAGAGCAUGUAUGAGGUGUUGACAUCAGAAGUGUCCUACUUGCGUUCCUUGCGAGUGCUGACUGAGCAUUUUAUGGAGUCACAGGAAUUAAAUGAUACACUUAUUAUCCGAGACAAAAAAACUCUCUUCUCCAACAUUCUACGCAUUCGAGAGGUUAGCGAGAGGUUUUUGAAGGACCUCGAGGAGAGGCUGGACCAGGGUUUACUGCUCACCAACAUCUGUGAUAUCAUCAGUUACCAUGCACAGCAUAACUUCCCUGCUUACAUCGACUACGUUCGAAACCAGAUUUACCAGGACAAGACCUUCACCACGCUCAUGCAGACCAAUUCACAGUUUGCUACUGUAAUUGCUUAUCUUCAAGAUUCUCCCAUAUGCCAGCGUCUGCCCUUUUCAUCCUUCUUGCUGCUGCCCUUCCAGCGGAUCACACGCAUCAAGAUUCUUAUUGAGAACAUCCUGAAGAGAACUGAAGAGAAGACGAGUGAUGAAGAGCUGACCAUAAAAGCCCUGACUUCAGUGUCCAAGAUCAUAGAUGAGUGUAACGUCCAAGUUGGAAAGAUGAAACAAAUGGAGGAACUGAUUGAGAUUACCAAGACACUGGAGUUUGAUAAACUAAAGGCAGUACCAAUCAUCUCACAAAACCGUUUUCUGGAAAAGCGAGGAGAGCUACAGGAGGUGGUAAAAGGUGCAACUCUCUUUCAUCUGAAACCCAGAUUCACCCCGGUGUUCCUCUUCCUGUUUAAUGACCUGCUCGUCUUAGCCAGCAAAAAAGGCUCGGAACGCUUCUUGGUGUUAGAUUACGCCCAUCGCUCUCUGGUGCAGGUGCAUGCUCUGGGAGAAGAGGCAAUGACCCAGAACAUAGAGAACUGCUUCUGUCUCACACUGCUGGAGAACCACCAAGGACGCAUGAUGGAGAGGCUCCUAAAAGCCCCGUCAGAGUCUGAUAUGCACAGAUGGCUGGCAGCAUUCCCCAACCCAGAAGAUCCGUACAGAGAGCUGGAGGAAGUUAUUUAUGAUGAUUGGGACUGUCCACAGGUGCAGUGUGUAGAGAAAUAUGUGGCAACGCAGUCUGACGAGCUAAAUCUAGAGCCCCCUGAGAUCAUCAAUGUCAUCCGCAAAACCAAUGAGGGAUGGUAUGAAGGGAUCAGAUUGUCUGAUGGGCAAAAGGGCUGGUUUCCUGAGCAGAAUGUUCUGGAAAUCACCAGUGAACAUAUGCGACGACGAAACCUGCGGGAGCGAUACCGUGUCAUGCAAGCAGCCAGCACCUUGACCAAUAAAACGUAGACCAAUUCAUAACCAGUAAUGACACUGAAACUCUCAUGCUUUGCCUUGGGACAGGGCAACUUAAAAUGGGAACACUGGAAAACCUACUACAAAAACUCAUGUAAAGCUUUUAAAAACUGACUUGAGCUUGCAUGAUUCAUUCAGGAAAAAGACGUUUUAGUUUGAAAAAUUGCACUUUGCAAUGAACAGACCACUGCAGUAUAACCUGCCUGCUAUACUGUAGAAGGACCUGUCAAUCUGCCUAAAACUGCUCAACUGCUCCUCUCAGUUAUAAUCUCCAAUGUUUAUGGGUGUAAGGUACUUCUGUUUGCUCUUACAAAUAAUUUAGUGUGAAUAUGUAUUAGGGCUGGGUAAUAUUCAUAUCAUGUCAAUAUUGUAUCAUCAUGUCAUGAUUUGCUUUUCUGCAACUAUGGUGAGUAUUGAAGUGUUUUAUACAGAUUGAAUUUGUCUCUGUUUAAUCCUGUAUAUUUAUAUACAGAACAGAUUUAUAUUUUUAAUCAUUUGGUUUUUAUGUGGCACUACUGUUCAUCCUCAGUAAACCUGACUCUAUAGAGCCUGAGCCCAGUGUGUCAUCACUAGACACCACUGAUACUCAUGUAUUCACUUCAAGGAGAAAUUUAGAGUAGCCGGUUUACUUAUUGGCACUAAAUGAGAAAGCCAGGGAAAAAAACAAAGAAAGUAUCACAGUCAGUGAUCAGAGUCAGUGAUCAGACCCUGGUCCCCUAAGCUGCACCACUGUGACGUCCACGGUAGAAAUAAUAUAUUGUAAAAUGCCUUUAGGUUUGGUUAAAUUGUGUUUUUUACAUCACUCAUUCUAAUGCAUAUGUACAGUAUGUCUCCACCAUCAUUGCUAGUGCAGUUUUAACACACAGUUUAACACUCAGUUUUAACAGUGAUCACAGCUGGCAAUCAGUGCAGUAUGAGGUGUACAGAUUCACGCUACAGUAAAUCUGUGAAUGAUCAGCUCUCACAUGAAUUCAUCUAACAUUAUUUUAAACCUGCAUGACGACCCUUACAUAUUUGCAAUUCUUUACUUAGUCUUCAUAGGUUAUUUAAAAACAAAGGGACAAACUGGAAGAUAUUUCAAAGGUGCUCAAGUUUUCAUAUCCAUCAGCUGUUUAUUUUAUUUUAUGUUAUUUUAUUUGGUCAUGAGUCACUGGCCUUGCAAUGAGCCAUAAUGUAAAACUCAUCAGUGCUUCAAGAAACAUCAGAAUAAAAUACACAUUUAAAUCC